AGGGGCGCGCGCGUGCGCGCGCAUCGCGCGGGGGUGGGACUUCUGGCGCUCGGUGCAGCCUUUCCGUUACUCUCCGGCAGUUAUCCCGUUCUACACGCCGGUGUCCCCUAGGUGGGCACCGAGGUAACGGAGCGGAAAAGCAGGAGGAGAGGCGUGGUGCCCGCUGUCUAGAAGCGGAUGCGAGGCCCCCUGAGCCCGCAGUUGACGGCGGUGCCUUCGUUCCCGCCCUGCUCGCCGCCUCUCCCGGCGCCGCUCUUCCCACGGCCGGUGGCCGAGGCCGCGCCGAUGAACCCGGCUCAGGGCCGUGUGGUCUUUGAGGAUGUGGCCAUACAUUUCUCCCAGGACGAGUGGUGCCUCCUGGAUGAGGCGCAGAGGCUCCUGUACUGGCGUGUGAUGCUGCAGAACAUUGCGCUGUUGUCCUCUGUAGUGCUCUCAACAUCUGACUACACGUAAAGUGUUGUGACAUCUGCCUGUGUCCUUAAACACUCCUUGGAUCCUGGCUGCUGUCUUGCAUCCAGACAUUCUGAGUCUGGACACAGCCUUCUACUCACUGUUCGCCAGUCACCAGCAGCCAGGCCUUGUUGAAAGCCAUCUGCAGAGGAGUUGUUGGCACAGAGCCCAGGCUGAGGAGGCAGAGCAAGGGGAUUCUGUUAGAGUGUCCCAGGUCAAGACUCCAAAGAUGCAUAGCCCACUCUUGAAAGACAUUCUGCGCCUGGCUGAGCAUGAUGGGACACAGCCUGAGCAUGAGGUGUACGUGUGUGCGGCAAGUCUUUCCCCACGUUGCAAGGCGCAGAGUAGGAAGAAGUUCUCCAGGUGGGAUGAGGGGAGGGCUUCCUUUGUGAAGAACCGAGGUGUAGCCAUGGCAGAGAGGACCGUGAUGGGCAGGGAGGGAGGGCAGGACCUUCCAGCCAGUCCAGGCCUUCUCCAGCACUCGGCCCCUCACAAUGGAGGGACGCUUCCCUCUCAAUGGAGGGAAACCUUUGAAAAUGGACAUAACGAUUAUAGGUGUAGCCAAUGUGGGAAAACCUUUAGCCACAAAUAUGUGCUUGUUGAGCACCAAAAACACCACACUGGAGAAAAGCGAUACCAUCCAAGCGAAAGUGGAGAGCUCUUCAUUUCAAGGUUCCGUCUGGUUCAGCACCAGGAAAUCCACACUGAAGUGAAGCUUUUGGAGCACGUUGGAUGUGGAAGAUUCUUUACACGAACGUCUGGCCUCAUUGAGCACCGGAGAGUUCGCACUAGACCAGUGCCUUACAAGUGCCACCAGUGUGGGAAGUGUGUUAAAGAUAGCGCCACACUGCUGGUUCAUCAGAGAGUUCACACUGGAGAAAAGCCGUAUAAAUGCAGUGAGUGUGGGAAAUUCUUUAGGUAUAGCUUCACACUCAAAAGACAUCAGAGAGUUCACGCUGGAGAAAGGCCAUAUGAGUGCAGUGUGUGUGGGAAAUUUUUUGUAGACAGCUCCACUCUCCUUAUUCAUCAGAGAGUUCACACUAGAGGAAGGCGUUUUGAAUGCAACAAAUGUGGACAAUUCUUUAGGUACAGCUUCACACUUGAGAGGCAUCAGAAAGCACACACUGGAGAAAGGCCUUAUGAGUGCAGAGAAUGUGGGAAACUUUUUAGGCACAAUUCAAAUCAUAUCAGGCAUCGGAGAAAUCACACAGGAGAAAGACCUUAUGAGUGUCAUGUAUGUGGUAGACUCUUCAGUCAAAACUCCCACCUCAUUCGGCACCAAAAUGUGCACACCAGAGAAAAAACUUACGAAUGUAGCCAGUGUGGGAAAUUCUUUAUGGACAGCUCCACACUCAUGGUUCAUCAGAGAGUCCACACUGGUGAAAAACCAUAUGAAUGCAGUGAAUGUGGGAAAGUCUUUAGAUACAACUCCAGCCUCAUUAAACAUCGGAGAAUUCACACUGGGGAAAAGCCUUAUGAGUGCAUCAACUGUGGGCGAAGCUUUAGCCAAAACUCCCACCUCAUUCGACACCAGGAAGUUCACGCUAAAGAGUAUUGCAGACAGAGAAAGACUGCAAAGAAAAGUCUGGUCUGAUUUAGCACUGGGAGGUGAAAUUAUAUUGACUCCCCGGCAAGGAGAUCAUGUAAUCCCGUCCUCUAUCUCAGGAUUCAGAUGCCCCCUUUCCAAGUAAGCUAUGCCUGUGACCACGGAGUCAUUGUCCAGGUAGAAAGCGGUAUGUGGUAAAUCACUCUUCUUUUCAGAGGGGUAGAUGUUAGCUUUUAGAAAAAAACUGACGAGUUCCUGUCAUGGCUCAGCAGAAAUGAUUCUGACUAGUAUCCAUGAGGAUGUAGGUUCGAUUCCUGGCCUUGCUCCGUGAGUUAAGGGUCUGGCAUUGCUGUGAGCUGUGGUGUAGGUUGCAGAUGUGGCUCAGAUCCUGAGUUGCUGUGGCUGUGGUGUAGGCCAGCAGCUAUAGCUUGGAUUUGACCCAGAGCCUGGGAACCUCCAUAUGUCAUGGGUGUGGCCCUAAAAAGACAAAAAGAACUGACUGGGAAUUCCCAUUGUGGUGCAGCGGAAACAAAUCCAACUAGUAUCCAUGAGGAUGCAGGUUUGAUCCCUGGCCUUGCUCAGUGGGUCAGGGAUCCAGCAUUGCAGUGGAGCUGUGGUGUAGGUUGCAGAUGUGGCUCAGAUCCCAUGCUGCUCUGGUCGUGGUGUAGGCCAGCAGCUGUAGCUCCCAUUUGGCCCCCAGCAUGGGAACUCAUAUAUGCCGUGCAUGUGGCCCUAAAAAGAGAAAGAAAGGAAAGAACUGACUAUCAAAAUGUAGAGUGAGGAGUUCCCGCUAUGGCUCAUGGGUUAAUAAUUCAGCUAUGUUUAUGUGGCAGCGCCGGCUCCAUCCCUGUCCUGGCACAAUGGGAUAAGGAUCUUACAUUGCUGCAGCUAGGCACUGGGAACUUCCAUAUGCGACAAGGGCAGCUGAAAAAGAAAAAGUGGAGUAAGAACUAUAUGUUGGUCCCUAAUGGGAUACAAUAUUGGCUCUAUGUUUAUUCUGAGGGAACCCGAAACAAAGCACAUGGUUCACCUGCUUCUUGAAGCUCCAGAUCCCUCUUCUGUCUUGCCUACCAUGGCUCUGUCUGAAACCAAACACGGUGAAGUCAUAAAUUUAGUCUAAAGCUUCUGUCUUACUUGUAUUGGAAGAACCUUAAGGCACUAUUGAUUAGACCCCAGAUAUGGAUAGAUGCACUUUGUGUCUGACCCACAAUUUAGUAUUACGUGCCUUUUUGGUUUUCUAGGUUUGGGAAACAUCUGAAAUACUCUGUCUGGUUAGCUCCUGUGAUCUGCACAAAUUAUAUUUCACAGAAAUCCAGGAGCGUCCCCUUUAAGAAGCGUGAACCCCAGCCCUGUUCAGAGAGCCUCGCAAAACUCCUUCCCAACAACGCUUGCGGCGGGGCGGGACCUUUCCCUAAGGUGGGAGGGCCGGGACCCAGGCCCGGGCGAGAGCUCUGUGAGCUCCAUUACCCAGAAGACACCACGCCACGUCGGCACUUCCGAGUCAGACAAUGGCUUCUGGGCGGGCCUUCCGGCGUCAACCACGGGUAACACUUCUAAAUUCGGAUUGUUCCCGCGCUAGAGUUUCGAGAGGCCAGGCCAGCAUGAGGUAUGGGAGGUAGGCAGGCGUUGUGUACGCGGCUCUUUGCGGGGGAGGGUUGUCUGAGGCUCGGCGUGGCCGCUGGAGGCCGGCCCAGCUUUCGCCCACGGACGCCGCUGGAGGCCGCCGAGCUGUUGGACCCGCCUCAAGUAAGUGCUGCGCCCUCCGGGCCCUCUCCCUAUUCUAUUCAUUCAACAGUGUUUUUAUUCUUAUCAGUGUUCUCAUAAGGUGUGUCCUGUGUUUAUAUUUUUUUGUCCCUCCCAAACCUUGGUUUUCCGAAUUUUUAAAUACCACCCGCACAGAAAAAAAAUGCACGGAACUUCUAUGUGGAAUUGAGUAAGAAGCUCAAAAGUUAAUAUUCAUUCGCAGCUCAGGUCAAGAAAUGGGAUUCAGGAGUUGACUGAUGGCUCAGAGGGUUAAGGAUCUGGCAGUGUCGCUGCUGUGGCGCAGGUUCAGUCCCUGGCCCCCCAACUUCUUCUUGGCGGCGGCUGCCACAAAAAAUGAGCUGUAAAUAGGACCCCAGAAGCCGCCUCUGCGACCCUUCCAAAACAAUUAUCCCCAACCCCCCAAAACGUAAAGUAUUGCCUCAUGUUUCAAGUAAACAUUGACUUGCCUUUCUUUAGUUUUUUGUUCGCGCCUGGGUUACGUGGAUGUACCAGGGACCAUGAUUCCAGCACGGGCCUUUAAUAUUUACCAGAAGUUCCCUCAGUGGAUUAUGAACACACUAAUAACCAUGAGGAUGUGGGUUCGAUCUUUGGCCCCUGCUCAGUGGGUUAAGGAUCCAGCGUUGCCUUUAAGCUGUGGUGUAUGUCGCAGACGCUGCCCAGAUCCCGCCAUUGUUGUGGCUGGCACCUGCAGCGAUUUAACUCUUAGCCUGCCCGGUAACUUCCUUAUGCCUGGUUCGGUCCUAAAAAAAAGGGGGGUAGGGUGGGGGGAGGUCCCAUUAUGGCGCAGCAGAAACGAAUUCGACUAGGAACCAUGAGGUUGCAGGUUUGAUCCCUGGCUUCACUCAGUGGGUUAAGGAUCCAGCGUUGCACUGAGCUGUGGUGUAGGUCGCAGAUGUGGCUUGGAUCUGGUGGUGUUGUGAUUGUGGUGUUGGCCAAUGGCUACAGCUCUGAUUCAACCCCUAUCCUGGGAAUCUCCAUAUGCCACGGGUGAAGCCCUAAAGACCAAAAAAAAAAAAAAAAAGACUACCCCUGGCUGCAGAGUGCAGAACAGACUGAGGGAGUGGAAGACAAAAAGGAGACCAUCCCAAAAGCAAUUGCAGUCUUCCAGGUGAAUGUUGGUUGUGGCAGGACCAGAGUGGUGGAUGUGGAAGUAGGAGAAAUACUUGGCUUCUGGAUUUAUUUUGAAAGAGGGACUAACCACCUGUUCUAAUAUGGAGGGGUCACAAAUGACUCUAAAGUUUUGUUCCCUUUGCAUCUGGAAGGGUGGAUGGGCCAUCAGCUGAGAUUGGAAAGUCAGUGGUAGGAGCAUGUUCUAAUGAGAGUAUUAGGAAUUGGGUUUUGGUCAUGCAGAGUCUCAGAUGUUCCAGAGACUCCACAGUAUAGGAGUCCAGUGGAGAGCUGAACAUGUAGAUCUAAAGUACUGGGGAGGACUUACAGGAGAAGGAGUUACUAUGGAAAGGUAGAUUGUGAUGAAAAGUCCAGCAGGUGGCCUAGGUUUUCGUGGGGGAGUGGCCAUGACAUUGAGGCCGAAGUAAAGCAGAAACGGACGUGAACUGACAACAGUGUCAGGCUGGUGCUUACUUCUUCUCCUGUAGACUUAACAGCCUUUUGUGGUGGAACCUGGGGAGUGUCUGUCAGAAUGUCAAGUGACUUUACCCAAGAUGUGUCCCGUGGGUGUGGAUUUUGUACCUGAUGAAGAGACCUCAUGUCCAGGGAAGAAGUGGAACCUGACCAGAGGUCGUUAGAUCCGCAUGGUGCGACGGAAGUUGGAGUCUCGAACAAGGCCUGGUGGGGAAGCCUUCAGAAGAGGGCUGGGGAGCUGCCAGUGGAGACGUGGGGUACAGUGGGGUUGUGUUGCAUUGGCCAAGUACUUCCUGAAUGCCAUGUGCAGAAGGGUAUGUGAGGAGGCAGGGGAUGUGGCAGUUUUGUGGGCCAGGUGGUAGCGAUGGGGUCAGAUGUACGUGGAGGUCUGAUGAGUAAUACGCAUGUGGGAAGGACUUGUGAACCCAGGGCCCUGAUCCCAGGCCCACAGUUUAGAUGGCAUCUGUCUCUCCACCUGCCUGUUGCUGAGGGGUGGAGCUCGUGCUCAAGGAAGCAAAGAGAGGUAUUGGCCCUCUAAGUGAGAGAGCUGGAGAGGAUGAUGAGCACGGAGUGAAUGUGGGCUGGUGUUAUAGGUACUCCUGAGGUCCUGGGGAGAGAGCCUGCUUAUGGACACCUCUGUCCCCGUCAUCACAGGGCUCUGUGACCUUUGAGGACGUGGCUGUGUACUUUUCCCAGGAGGAAUGGAAGCUUCUUCAUGAGGCCCAGAGACUCCUGUACCGAGAUGUGAUGCUGGAGACCUUUGCACUUGUUGCAUCAUUGGGUAAGGCGCUCAUACCUCUCCCGGCACCCUGGAAAGGUCUGUGCCUUUUCCCUUCUUUUGUAAGAACAGCUCCACACUUUUCACAGCUAGACAAGGGGCACAUGUCUGUUACUGCUUCCCUGUCAUAUGUGCUGUGGGUGCCAGGGCUGGGUGAGUGUGUCUGCUCCCUCCUUUCACAAGUAGCCCCAGUACCAGCCCCUGAAGUUUAUUCAGUGAAGGUUUUCUUCCCCCAGAGAGUUAGAAUUAGUCCAGAGGGUUCCAUUAGUCUCAGCCCCUCUCUGCUAAGGGGACUCUGUAGACCCCAUGCUGUAGACCUCUGGGCUCCAGGUUCUGCCCCCUCCUAGUUGACGUUUCCUGGGGCCUCACUGUGUCGGGAGUUGUUGGGACCCAAUAGGGUCCCUGUCUGUGGGGUCCACCUGGCUGUCUCUGUGAGGACAUCCCCCCCGCCCCCGCAGAGAUUUGUUUUGUGGUGUUAUUUUUCUUUCCCGAGAUUGUUUGGGAUUGGUUGCCCCCCUGGGCCAGUACUGACCACUCACCUGUCCUGUCUUUCCCUUAGGACUUGCAUCUUCUAGGUCCCAUGUUGUCCAGCUGGAGCUGGGAGGAGAACCCUGGGUACAUGACAGAGUGGACAUGACUCCAGGCACAGCAAGAGGGCCUCAGAGUGGGCCUGGCCCUGGUGAUUCACAUCUGGGGGAGGAUGUGAUGUCACAGCUGGGUUCACACCAUACCAGGAACAUGUCCUGUGCCCCGCACUGUUUGGGUGCCAUGGCCAGGGGCUGUGUACCUCAUUUCUGCCUUUCCUGCCCAUUCUUGACACUUUGCUCCUUCUCUCAUUUCUACUCUGCCUUCCGGCCCAGGAUUAUCCCUCACCUCGUCUUCCACUCCUCAUACGUCUACUCCAUCCUCACUCUGCUGUGGUACGUAAUAUUGGUGAAAACGUAAUGUGUCAUAAGGUCUGCAUCCGUUCUUAAGAUAGUCCUUGAACACCAGCUCCUCAGGGACAGUUGGAUUUUCUUGGGAUGGACAAAACCUUCACACAACACACAUGUGUCACCAACAGCCAAGGCCCUGGUGAAAACCUCGACUGGAUGAGUUUUACAGCUGUGGCUCCUUCAUGCCCUCCACCCCAUUCUUAUGUCUUUUGCCUCCUGAAUCUUCCCUGUUCUGCGAUAUGUAGAGGCCCAGAAUCUGCAUGGCAGCCCUUAUCCUUCCUUGCCCCAGCUUCUUUGUCCUGAAAAUAGUCCCAUGAAUUUAUUCCCGGGUAUGUCAGACACAUAUCUGGGAUGGGGCUGUCCCCUUCUACCAAAAUCUCGUGAGUUCAUUUGUAUUUCUCUACUUUCAGGUUGCUGGCUUGGAGCUGAGUACAAUGAGACACCUUCUGAGCAGAAUAUUUCUGUAGAAGUGCCCCAGAUGAAUCCUUCAAAGUAUUUUGAAGAUGGCCUGCCCCUGGGAGAGAUGUAGGCUGCACUUAGUGGUUUGCAUCUAGCUGAGGUUGCAGGAACAACCUUUGCCAGAAUAUGUGGGGGCAGGAGUGAAGCACAGUGGAGAAAAAGUCUUUGGAAGUGAUGUGGGUAAGGCCUUCAUGAAGAGUCACACAGUCCAUACUUCCAAGUUGUCUGUAACAUGCCAGGAGGCUGAGAAGGGUUUCCUGGGUAGCUGUGUCCUUCAGCUUCAGGUCCUGUCACAAAAGGACACUGAGUGUGAGGAGGCCUUUCCCAGUGGACAAAGGCAAUACCAAUGCAGUGAAUGUGGGAAAGCCUGCUGAAAUACAGGCCUGCUGAACACCAGAGAGUCCAUACUGGAGUGAGGCAGUUUGUGUGGGAAAAUCUUCAGCUCUAAAGGCAAACUUUUUCUGCACUGAAGAGUCCACACUGGAAAUAGGCCUUAUGAGUGCAAUGAAUGUGGAAAAGCCUUCUGCUAUAAAGAUUCACUUGUUCAACGCCAGAAAACCAGCUCUGGAGAUUUGUUCCAUAAGUGCUGUGAGUGUGGGAAAGGCUUCAGCUGCAAAUAUUACUUGCUCAGCACCAGAGUGUCCACACUAGAGAAAGGCCUUAUGAAUUAAGUUGCUGUGGGUAAAACCUUUAAUUAGAAAUACCAACUUGUUGAGCCCAGGGGAGGCCACACUGGAGAACAUCCUUAUGAUGAAUGCAGUCAGUGUGGGGAUGUCUCCAGCUCUAAAGGCAAGCUUGUUCAGCACCAGAGCAUCCACACUGGAGAGAGGCCUUAUAAGUUGUCAGUGUGCCAAGUUCUUUAGGCAAAACUUCAGUCAUAUGAACCAACAGCGAAUUGACACUGGAGCAACACCUUAUGAAUGUAGUGAAUGCUUGAAAUCCUUUUGCCAGAAGUCCUCCCUUAAUCAACACUGUAGAGUUCACACUGGAGCAACACCUUAUAAAUGCAGUGAAUAGGGGAAAUUCUUUUCCUCCCACACUCAUCUAAUUAAACACUUGUGAAUCCACACUGGGGAAAGGCAUUAUGAGUAUAUUGAAGGUGGGAAAUCCUUUAAUCAAUGUUCCACCCUCAUUAGAUAUCAAUGAAUUGGCACUGGUGAAAGGGCAUAUGAAUGUACUGAAUGCGUUGAAACCUUUAACCAGAGCACCCAGCUUACUUUAUAAUGAAAAGUUCACACCAUAGAAAGGCCUCAUAAGUGCAGCAAAUGUGGGAAAGUCUUCUGUCCAAGGUUUGCUUUCAUUGAGCACCAGAAACUUUACAGCCUUUAUAAACCUUAUUAGUGGAGCAAAAGCAGGAAAAUAAUGAUAAUAAAUACAUAAUACUAAGUAUGUUUGUGCAGUUGUCAUCAAUUUGAGAUUGAACUCCAUAUAUCUGAACAUCCCUGGUGUGGAGAUAGCUUCUGAUUUCUGGGUCAUAGGAAGCUUUUAAGAAGCUAUGCUAUACUUUAUAACCUGCCCAGGACUGUUGCCAGACUUAUGUCACUGUGAGUGUCUUCCACCAAGUUUCAGAUCCCCAUAGUGGGCAACACCCCUGAGGAUGACCAAGCUAGGUAGACCUUGUGCUCUCACAGCCUGUGGAAUGAAGCAUGUGUAGCCUGAGCAGAUGGGUGUUUGUCAUUCUCUUGUGGCUGCCUAGCCCAUGGACCUAACUGCCUUUGACCAGGGGGAUCUUCUCUGGGUGCUCCUGGUGGCUUACAAAGGUUUACCUUGUUUAGUGGCAUGUCUCAUGUCAUGCUCAGGUUGGAUUUUUCUAGCUCCAAGGUACUGUUUGGAAAGUGUCUCCUUCAAUUUGCUCUGUUCUCUGCCAUAAUAAAGUUAUUAUUUAAGCUACAUUUCA